GUUGUUUUUGCCUUUUGUUCAGCUCCGCUACCCUCCAUAUAUCGUUGCCAGUUAUAACACUGUCAAUUAUAGCACUGUCAGUAGCACCAUCGGUGACACUAUCCAUAAAAUUGUCGAUUUGAUAGGUAGGUCGUCGUGCUGCCUAGCAGCCUAGGUACUGUGUCGCGCUAGGCAUGUAGAGCCUCAUACAAGGAUUUAAGUAUGAUGGAUCGGCAGAAUAAGAAUAGGCUCCGAUUCCCUGAAGUCGGGUGAUGAAUUAUCGUUGAAUCCAAUUCUAGAUUUCUAUUUCAUCUGCUAGUUACAUAUCUACCUAUAGGUAUCCAUAUAGCUGGAUACCUAUUGUGAUUGGUGAUCCCCUGCUUAGGUAGUUACCUCGUUCGAUUACCAUGAACCGACCGUCUGAGAAAGGAUAUUUCCCCUCCGGGGCCUCGUCCUCGAACUCGUCAAAAGACAAGUCCUUCCUAUAUCACCGACAGUCCGUGAGGCUCUUCCUCAAGUUCCUAGGACGAUGGCUCCUCACUGCGGCGAUCUGCGCUGCGUUUGUCGUGGUUCUGAAGGAGUACGAUCGAAAAUUGUGGAUGGAGGACGGUUCCGCGCACAUCUACAACGCUGUCGUGUCUGGUUUAACGAUUUGCUUGUCGCUCAACAUCGAUGCCAGCUUGAACGCCUUUGCAGCUGCCUCCAAGUGGGUGGUGUUGGCUUCCAAGCGGUUCGAACCCCGCAUCUUCGAACUCGUCCUGGCGUUUGACAACUCGAAAGUCAACGCGAUCAAGCUCAUGUUCUGGCGCGGCGUCGGGGCCUGGUGGCUGCGUCUGGUUUGCCUCGUCUGGCUUUUCGUCGCUCUCGCGGCUCAGGUCGGCACGGCGUUGAUCGGGCUCACAUAUUCGGUUAUUCCCCUAUCUCCGGAUAGGGAUGCGUUCCCGACGCCGCUCGGAGAUGCGAGGACGUCGAUAUUUACGCAGAUCGGUUACGACGGCGAGCCCGUCUCGGCCGACCGCGAAGUUAACUUGACGAUGCAACGUUCCAACGCAUUCGAAUACGGGGUCGGUGCCGUCAACGUCAAUUGGGACGACAUCUAUUCUCCUAGCCCUUACAGGUUCCACACGGUAACGUAUGACAACGACACGAAGAGCUAUUGGACCGCUAUCUCGAACUAUCCUGCUUGGGCCUCGGACAGCCUGACGCAGUGGAAUGCCAUCGGGCGAUACGUUCAAAACCGCGCCCGUUGCGAGGAGGUGCGGAUCAGCAGCGUUAGCAGUUCUUCGAAUAUGACGGACGUCGCGUUCGACGGGCACAAUGGGACGCAAGUCUUUACUAUCCCGCAAACCCCGCUCGAUUAUAUGACGUAUAUCUCCGACACGUCUCCUUCCUGCGGUUCGCGAUGUACUCAAGUAUACGCUAUAUACUCGACGAAUGAGACGACGGAGUUGUUCGCAUGCAAUAGCACUGUAUAUAAGAUGUACGGCCGAGACAAUUCGUUGAUCAAUCGGACGGAUCUAUCAAUUCCGGAUACCCAAGCUAGGAUUCUAGCGGGCGCUAUCGGCUGGGGAGAUAUCAAGGUUGAUAGUUCUCUCAGAGGGUUAUCCAUACCAGGUCGAUUUCGAGCUUCGAGCUUCUCCAAUGGGUCGUAUUGGGCCCGGCCCUGGACGCAUACUAAUGCUUCCGUGGCUAUCGAUAACGUCGCAUACUUUACGGCCUCUGCGAUUGUGAUCAUGAACGAAUACGGCAUCCAGGAGAAUUUCACCGAUUUGAUUAUUCCUGGCAUGGCGUCACAGUUGAAUGUGACGUGGAAGUAUAGCGUUCUGAUACUAGCCUUGAUACCUGGCAUCCAAGCUCUCCUGGCUUUGCUCUGCAUCCUAGUUGUGUACUUGUGCAGAGUGCCGAUUCAAGACGGCUCCUUGCUAGCAAUCACGACUCUUCUCAAUCCCGCCUUGUCCCGUAUUGCUACAGGCAGUCCUGAAAAUGGCGGGAAUAUCUAUCUCCAAUACACGCAACAGGGUGGUGAAGGAAGCGCUAAAGGAAGUGGCAUGGGUACAUGGGUCAUUGAAAUAACUGAACACAAUUGGGGUCGAUGAGAAUCUGAUGUUGGUAUUGGUUGUUUAUGAUAAGAUGUUUUAGAAGGAUAAUAUCCAUCUGUCUUGAGGCGGGACGCUUUGUUACAAAGCAUAAAAGUUUAUGACGAGGUUACGAUGGAACCCAUUCCUUUACAUGAAGAGCCUGAUUGUCUACCUACCUACCUAGUAGUGGUAUCUAGUACCUAGUGUUUAUGAUUUUAUUGUAUUUUACCAGAUAACGGAGAACUUUUCAUACUCCCCUUAGACUACAGGGAUAGAGAAGUUGGCCGUACAUCACAACCCUUAUUAGGAGCUAGAUACUAUGGUUCGAUUGGAAAUUGAGAGGUCGCUAUCGAACCGAAUCAAAUAUACACGUCCACAUUAUGACUACCUACUUCUUAACUUCCUGACCUUAAUCUCUAUUUGAGGUAUCGGUAUUCGGGGGUAAGUGUGAAUAUUGAUUACCAAUUUCCCACUCUACUU